AGAGGAAAGUGCACAUGGCAUUUUUCGUAAGGCUCUUGCUUGUUGGAUUGUACUUGUCCAGUAAUUGGUUAUUUCCUAAUAUAAGUUUACUUUUUAGCACAAAUAAACUUGGCCAUUCAACUUCAAUUUCAACUUUCAAAUUCAAGUGGAGCUAGUCAUUGCUCCAUGAGCUAGUCAACUCGGCAAUAGACGUACAGAAUCCUCAUAGCCUUGAACACCAAGCAGGGUUUACAUCACAGUAGCCCACCAUGCCUGAGGCCGACCAGGCCAAAGAUGCUGCCAAACUGAGCAGAUUGAGACUCUUUGUCGGUGGGUUGCACGAGGAUGUCACAACGCCUGAUCUUCGGCAACGCUUCGGCAAAUUUGGUUCUGUCUCAUCUGUUGACAUCAGUCUCAAGAGGGACGCUCAAGGAACAGUUGCAAAUGUCUUUGCGCACAUGGAUAUCGAUAUAACGCAGGCAAACUUCAAAAAAUGCGUGUCCACAUAUAACAAUGCGAAAUGGAAAGGUCAUGCUAUGAGGGUACAAGUGGCCAAAGACAGCUUUUUAACCAAGUUAGAAGCCGAGAGGAAAGCACAUCUGGAAAACGAAGACGAUGAAAAGCCUGUUGUGAGGAAGACCUUGAAGAUGAAAGAACAAGAAGAAGCAAUGGCUAAGCUGGAGGAGAAUCUGAAUAAAGCUGGGGUGGAGAACUUUAUCCUGAAGGCAGCUGUUCCUGGAACUCCUAUACCAGGGGAAGAUAGCUGGAUUGUCGGCAAGUUUGGGCGGGUUCUUCCCAUCAUGCACAUGCGACGCAGAGACAAGAGAUCUCAUAUGACCUAUGACCCCUCCAAAUACGGACAUUACCUCCGGAAGUUCAAAGAGAAUCCUCAAAAUGACCAACUCAUGAGCGAGUCAUCUGUGACGAAACUAACGUGGCAUUUGCCGGAGGAAAAAUCUGCCAUGGACCGCAAGAGAAUGGGGGAGUUUCCCGACUGUGGCCAGAAGAAGAAAAGUAAGACACAACUUCAGUCAGUGUUGACGGGACAGAAAAUAAAUGAGAAAUCUCAACCCCAGCAAUUUCAGAGACAAAUUGGUGGAGCGACUAGUCACGCGGAAGAACAGAACAGCUUUGAAGUUGUUAAGGUGAAGCGUAAAGAGAACAAAAAAGAGUUCGUCAAAUUGUGGCCUAUCACUGCAAAUGAAACCGACACGGAAGCAAAUAUUGCCCAGUCUAAGAAGGAACAACGGGAGGAUGUUGCUGAGGUCGGAGAAGUACUUAAACAGUGCCAGUUGGAAUCGGAUAAUGAGUCCUGUGGAUCAGCGGACACUGAUGAGAUUUGUAACAUCACAAGGAAGCCGGACAGAGCAGGGAAACAAGUUUUAUCCAACUGGGCGGACGACUACUAUCACAAGGAGAGAGUGUCUCUGAUUUUGUCCGACGGCGAGUAUAAUAUCCGACAAGAGAAUUACUUGGAAAACAAGGUGGAGAAUCCUGAUCCGGGAUUAGGAUUGGCUAGUGCUGAUGUUUCAUCCUUAAAGAUGCAUGAAGGAGUUUCAUCUUAUGGCCAAAGAACUAGUGGCGACACUGAUGCCAUUCUGGAAGAGAGUUUUAAUGAGGAAGACAAUAUGGGGAUUAAUGAGAGUGCUGCAAACGGAGAAGGAGACAAAGAUGAUGAUGAGGAUGAAAGCGAUGCUAAGGAUGAGGGAAAGAUUGACAAACACAAUCUUGAAGAAGAUGAGGAAAGCGAAAAUGAUACCAGUGAUGAGGAUUCGGAGGAAGAGGAAAGUAAUUCUGAAGAAGAUUUUGAAUUCACCAAAAACUUAAAAGAAGAUCACUUUGGAGGGGAAGAUGAAGUUGAAGAUUCCGAUGAAGAUGACGAUGAGGAGGACGGUGAGAUUGAUGCCAAGGAAGAUGUCAAAGAUAUCGAGAAGAUCAAAAGAGGUGAUCUUGGAGGAGAUGAAGAAGUUGAAGACUCUGAUGAGGAUGACGAGGCAGAGGGAAGUGAAAGUGACUCUGACGAUAGUGAUGAAGAUGAUGAUGAGGACGAUGAGAGUGAUGCAAGUAAAGACAUUGAAAUCAAAGAGGAUCACCGACUUGGGGAUGAUCAAGAUCAGGAUGAUGAUAGUGAUGAAGAUGACAAAUCCAGUGCUGCUGUGAUCACAGAGGAUUUAAAAAAAAGUCCUCAUAAAGAGAAAAUAAUUUCCUUGAAAGAUAACACUGGAAUCUUAAAUAAGAACCCAAAGAACAAAAUGAAGGGAGAUGAAGAAGACAGUGAUGAUUCUAAUGAUUCCAGUGAUUCCAGUGAUUCAAUAGAUGUUCCUCAGAAAGCGGGAAAAAUUAGUAAGCCUGGCUCAGUUAAGAUUAAAGGUGGUAAACGUGCACUUUCGGACAAAAUUCGGCUGGAGUCUGUAAAGAAGCGACAAGCAGCCGUCUUGCAUCAGAAAACUGCCAUCCAAGAAGCUCUUAAGGCUGUGGAUUCAAGGAAAGAUACAGGUUCUGGUCGGCAUAUGAGGUUCGACUCUGAUGAGGAAGGAGAGAGUCUCAAGGAUGUAAAAGCUGGCAAUGCCGUCAAGACGGAGACCAAGAAGUUAUCUGGAUUGUUUGACAGCGAUGAUGAAGAAGAGAUGGAGAUUGAUGAGGAGGCUGAUGAGGAACGCUUCAAGAUCAAACCACAGUUUCUUGGUAAAGCUGGAGAAAAGUUAAUGAAACUCCAAGAUCGUUUUGGCACAGACAGUCGCUUUAAGAUGGGAGUGAAUUUCAUGGAGGACGAUGAAGAGGACUUGGGUGCUCUGAAUGAAGAUGAUGAAGAUCAGCAGGAGGAGAAACAAAGAUCCCUCGCCAUCUUACAAGGCAUUGUAGGAAGUCAAGCCAUGAACAGCUUGAAGCACAAGACAACAUCAAACUUCAAAGAUCCAAGUCAAAUGCGUUAUGACCCGUCCAGAGAUGACCACGCCCAGUUUGAGAUUCAUAAUGAGGAGCCAGUGAAACAGAAAAAAACUAAAGCAAGGGAUGAAGUAGCACCUGAAGUUGGGAGGGAGAAAUACUUUGAAGUCGCCAAGUUGGACAUCGGAAAAGAGGCAGUGGAAAGUCAGCCUUUCAGUUUCUUUGGAGAGACUGAGAUUGAGGAAGAAGAGGAUGUAACGGGUAUCAGUUCUCUUCAGCGGGACAUCCUGGCCGCGACCAAACAAGGCAAGAGGCAGUUGGCUCUAGACAGCAGUGAUGAAGAGUCUGAUGAAGAAGAAGUCGAGGAGGAGGAGGUGGAGGAGAAACAAGGCGCUGAAGGGGACGCUCCGAGUGACCCACCUAAACCCGUCAGCCACACAUUCUUCUUUCUCGAUGAUGACGCCAGAUUGAAAACUGGACCACAGCUGUUCUGUCGCACGCUGAGCAACGAAGCCUUAAACAAAUGGUUUGAGCAGCAAAAAACUGAUCUGCAAGGGGAGUACAAGAAAAGACAUCAAAAGGCAGUCAGAGACGUGAAGGCCGCUCAACAAAGAUCAAGAAAGGCCAGCCAGAAGAGAGCCAUAAAAGCAUCCAGGUGAUCAAACAUAUCUUGUACGGCGCCAACUAUCUACACGAGAAGAAAUUCCUACGACCAGCCCAUUAUUCUUUGGAACUAUAACACCAGGAUCUCUCUUUGCAUGGAAAAUAUUGUCAUAUCCUCUUUUCUUGGAUUCCUAGAUCCUCCGUCACAGGACCCUGUGUUAGGCGACACAGACACAGAACAAAAAAACUGUCAAUCUCAAAAUCUGCAAAUUAUUUUGGCUUGAGUUCAAAAGUGGAACUCUUCCGCUGGAAUCGUCAAGGCAGUUCUUAAGAUGAAACCACAACAAUGCUUGUGCCGCUGCGUGUUGUCACGAGACGGAGAAGGUCGGCUUUGAUAAGAGAGAUAACAAGGAUGAGGAAAUAUCAGAUGAUUUCGUUGCUUUGUUGUCUAUGGAUGGGUCAUCCUCUGUACCAACACUUUUUUAGUGAAGUCAACUUAAAGGCAUUGACCUAAAGUUCAGGACUUAAGUUUUGGUCAUUUGUGAGGCACCGUGCCGAAACCAGGCACUUCCUGUCAAAACUUAAAAAGUUUGUUUUGCUCAUCUAAAUGGAUUAGUAGAAUGGAGAAUAUAAUUUGCUUUGAACCCUUACACCGAUGUGUGAAGCACUGUAUACUCAGUACUUUGAACUAUGAACUAUACUUUCCCCGAGUUCUGUGAACAAAAUCCAUAGGCAAAUCACCUGUGAGGGAUUCAAACCCAUUGGAUGUUCGAAUUAGUCCUGUGAUUGAUCCACUCUGAGCAUGCUGAUCAAAAUUGUCAGAGCCCAACCCCCCCCCCCCCCCAACCCCUUCAAAAAAAGGAUCAAGUUAUAAGAGCAACGGGUCCCCUUUCAUUCGUUUUUGUUCAUGUGACAUGUCUACUGUAUAUAAUGCAGUUUAAGGUAGUUAUGUAAAAACAUUGUUCAUUUGAAGUAGAUUACAUCAAAAUAAUUUUGUUUUUAUACAUGCGAACUCAGCGCCCUACAAAUGCUCAGAAGUUGUUGACAAGCAUGUUCGCAGAGCAGCCAAUCAGCGUUGUUUUUAAGUUUUUACCCUUCCAUGGGUUAGCGACGAGGUGUAGCGAUACGAUGCACUGCAAGGCUUGGAUGUCACAUCCCAUUGGUACCAAGAAUAAUUAUUCGGUUGUUUGAAAUUUCAAUGCCGUCACUAAUUUUUUAGAAGAGACUGAUUUUGUCAUUGGGCAUCACAAUUAAAGAGAAAUUAUAGGAGGCCAGUUCAUCUAUCUUUUAAAACCAUUGCAGUGAGGGCCAUGAUAUCCUAAGCUGGACCAGACCAUUAUUUCUAGAGGGGUGUCAAUCAACUCUGGUCUGUGAUUUGGUUAGAAGGGGGCAGAAUGAAGUCGUCAUUAGUAGAUGAUAUCAAAUUAUAAAACUUCAUCAAUUAAAGGAACAUUACAGAUUUGGUUUUGCUAACAAAGCAGUUGCGGGCAGUGUAAGCACUUUAUGUAAUCC